AUAACUAUCUUUCUCGAUGAUACUGAGGCAGUGAGGCGCCUUCAAUCUUGCUCCCAAUUUCUUCCCUCUCUAUCUUCACCAAUAAAUCGAAACCCACAAAGCAAUCUCUUCCGUAAGAAAAGCUAACAUGGGGCAACAGCAAUCCAAAGACGAGUUAUUGUACAGACAUGCCGUCGAUGGAAACAUCCAAGUUAUCAGCACACUCCGUAGAGAUGGCGCCAGCCUUGAGUGGGUAGACAGAGAGGGAAAGACUCCAUUAAUGGCAGCCUGCAUGAGUUCCGAACGCUUUGCGGCUGCUAGAACUUUGAUUGAACUUGGUGCUGAUGUUAAUGCCUAUCGGCCCGGGCAUAAUGCUGGCACACCGCUGCACCAUGCAGCUAGCAGAGGUCUCGAUAAUAUUGUUCAGUUGCUUCUUUUCCAUGGAGCAAAUGCUUUGAUUAAGAAUGAUGACUCCCAAACUCCUCUUCAAGUUGCUCGGGUGAAGGGCUUUAGCAACGUUGUGCGUACCAUUGAGAGCCACAUUUGUAUUUUCUCGGGUUGGCUGAGAGAGUUUUAUGGCCCAAGCUUUCUUGAAGUGUUAGCUCCUAAUAAAUUGUUAUCAAGAAAGAUCUGGGCUGUAGUUGAUCCACAUGAUUCUACAAAGCCUCUUAAACUGGAACUGGCAAUAUAUUCUUCCUUACAGGAUGCCCAACCUCGGACUGUCAUUUCUUUAUGGAGGACCAAUGUCGAAGAACCAAAUUUCCAACAACUGGAUCCUGCAGUGAUAAUAUCUGACAAGUCCACAAAAUCUCAGUAUAAGUUUGCAUCUGGAAGCCACGGCGACAAACAUCAACUUCACUUCUAUACAAAGCUUGCAUUGGUGUUCAGGUAAACAGCAGAAUUGGACCACAUUACUACAUUCUACAUAUAUGCUGUGUUUUUGGGGUACGAGGGAACCCGCAGCUACUACUCGAGGGUGUACACUGGGUAAACCCUGCCUUGUGACUUUAGGCCAGCAAAGGACUACAAAGAGGUAAACUAGCCUAGGUUGUCCAUUGCUGAUCGGCUCAAACUAAGGAGGCUGGGAUUCGUACUUGUGACCUUGUGAUUUAUUCUCUUCAGUUUCAUCUUAGAAAGAUUACUAUGAACUCUUUCACAACAGUGGAACUCAAGACGGUAUACACCGUACAACAGAUUUUGCAGUGCCUUCAGCUCCACCAGCUCCCGAGGCAGUAUCAGUUCAUUAUCCAACCAUAGAUCUCACUCCAGUGGAAUUCUCGUCUUCUCCUGUAGAUGAGCAAGAAGGUUUACA